CAGGUAUUGGAGGUCUGCAACAUAUAUAUACCUGUCCACACACUGUGCACCUGCACUAUUGUGGUUUUCAGCUAUUAGGACAGAAAUGGCCUCAACUGAUGGAAACACUCAGACAUACAAGAUGACGUCUCUGGACAGCGACAUCAACGAACAUUUCCAGGAUGCAAUUGAUGUGAUUCAACAGCAUUCAAAUAAUGCAUACUACAAUUCAGAGUACACAUAUUAUGAGACUUUGGGUACCCAGCCAUCGCUGCAGUGUCAGAUCUCCUGCUGCCUCGUCACACACCCGCCCGAUGUACCAGCUCCGGGAUAUGACUGGAAUGACAUGGCUCAGCAGUCUUGGCCUCAAGUCAUCCCUGAAGUUUCCUUGGGUCACUCUGUGCAAAAUGAAUCGCCUCAUUUCUACUCAAUCUUACCUCCGCAGAGGAAUAGCAAAGGUCGUAAGAAGCUCAGACUUUAUGAAUACCUCCACGAGGCUCUGAAUGACUCCAACAUGGGCGACUCAAUCCAGUGGACAGACAACAGCAGUGGCACCUUUCACUUCAUCUCCAAGAACAAGGAGAAGCUGGCCGAGUGCUGGGGGCAACGCAAGGGCAACCGCAAGACCAUGACCUAUCAGAAGAUGGCAAGAGCUCUGAGAAACUACAGCCGCACCGGUGAGAUCAUCAAAGUGCGCCGCAAACUUACUUACCAGUUCAACCCAGACAUACUGCACAGGCUCGGCUCUGCACACCUGCCCUGCCGCACUGCAGCGCAGGAGGAGGUUCACACCCGGCAGCCAAGCCCGGCUGAACAGAGCUACUGUGGCUCUGCAGCGGCGGACUGGCACAGCUGGUACGGACACUACCAGCUGCAGGAAGACUAUGACCUGGCCUCCAGCUUCACUUCACACAGCACAACCAAACUCUGAGCUGGGAGAUUCUGAUCACAGAGGGGGGAAAGUUUAAAGUUUAAAAAGGUUUUCAAAGACUUACGUUUGUCUACUCUCAAACUUUCUCAUUAUAGGUUAUAGUGGGACUAUUUAAUGUCAUGAAUGCCCUUUUUCUUUUCUUUUUUGGCAUUUUAUUCUCCAUUAAAUUAAUUAAUCAACCCCUAGAUUUAAAUUAAA